AUGGGAGUCCCGGCUUUUUUCCGUUGGCUCAGCCGCAAAUACCCUUCCAUUAUUGUACAUUGCGUGGAAGAGAAGGGUAGAGAAUGCAAUGGAGUUCGAAUCCCCGUGGACACCACCAAGCCAAACCCCAACGAGGUGGAGUUUGACAAUCUGUACUUGGACAUGAACGGCAUCAUUCACCCUUGUACACAUCCGGAGGACAAACCGGCGCCCAAGAACGAGGACGAGAUGAUGGUGGCCAUCUUCGAGUACAUCGACCGUCUCUUCAACAUCGUGCGACCCAGGAGAGUUUUGUACAUGGCCAUCGACGGUGUGGCUCCGCGCGCCAAAAUGAACCAGCAGCGCUCUCGCCGCUUUCGCGCCUCCAAAGAAGGCGCGGAGCUCGCUGAUGAGAAGACUCGCAUUCGGGAGGAGGUUAUCCAAAGAGGAGGUUACUUGCCACCUGAGGAGAUUAAAGAGAGGUUUGAUAGCAACUGCAUCACACCAGGCACGGAGUUCAUGGACAAUCUGGCGCAUUGUCUUCGCUACUACGUCGCCGAUAGACUUAGUAACGACCCGGGCUGGAGAAAUAUUACGGUCUUCCUUUCAGACGCCAGCGUCCCGGGCGAAGGCGAGCACAAGAUCAUGGACUACAUCAGGAGACAGAGAGCUCAGCCCAACCACGACCCCAACACGCAUCACUGCUUGUGCGGAGCGGACGCGGAUCUGAUCAUGCUGGGCUUGGCCACGCACGAGCCCAACUUCACCAUCAUACGAGAGGAGUUCAAACCCAACAAGCCCCGCCCCUGCGCGCUCUGCGGACAAACGGGCCACGAAAUGAAAGAGUGCGAGGGCGUCGCCCGAGAUAAGCGAGGACAGCACGAUGAAUUUGCAGACAGCCUCCCCGUGUCCGAGCAGGAGUUCAUCUUCAUCAGACUCUGCGUGCUCAGAGAGUAUCUGGCUCGGGAGCUGACCAUGGCCAGUCUGCCCUUUCCCUUUAACUUUGAGAGGAGCGUCGACGACUGGGUCUUCAUGUGUUUCUUCGUCGGGAACGAUUUCCUCCCUCACCUGCCGUCUUUGGAAAUCAGAGAGGGGGCGAUCGAUCGACUGGUGAAAAUCUACAAAGACGUGGUGCACAAAACCGGGGGCUACCUGACGGAAAACGGCUACGUCAACUUGGAGCGCGUGGAGAUGAUUAUGCAGGCAGUGGGCGUGGCCGAGGACAACAUCUUCAAGAAACGCAAAGACGACGACGAGAGCUUCAAGAGAAGAAUGAAAGAGAAACGUCAAAGGAUGAAGCGGGAGCAACAAGGCCCCGCCUUCAUUACCGGCGGCCAUUUUGCACCUCACGCGCUGGGGAGAGGACACGCCCCGGGCGCCGUGGAAAACGCUCGCCACCAAGCCUACGACAUGAGGAUGCAGUCCAACAGGGAUGCCGCUCAGUCUCUGAAGGCCAUGAUGAGGAACGGCGGCGGAGGCAACCAGUUUGCCGGCCCCAGCGACGACGGUAACAACCGAGGCGUCAAGAGGAAAGCGGACAGCGACGACGAGCCCGAGCCAGAAGACCACGUCAGGUUGUGGGAAGACGGCUGGAAGCAGCGCUACUACAAAACCAAGUUCGACGUGGAAGCCUCCGACGACAGCUUCAGGGAGAAGGUGGUUCGCUCCUACGUGGAGGGACUGUGCUGGGUGCUGCGAUACUACUACCAGGGCUGCGCUUCGUGGAAGUGGUACUUCCCCUUUCACUACGCCCCCUUCGCCUCCGACUUCAAGGACAUCGGAGGCAUGUUCUCCGACUUUGAGAGAGGAACGAAACCGUUCAAGCCCCUCGAGCAGCUGAUGGGAGUGUUUCCCGCCGCCAGCGGCAACUUCCUGCCCGAGACGUGGCGGAACCUGAUGACCAGUCCGGACUCUUCCAUUAUCGACUUCUACCCCAACGACUUUGCGAUAGACCUGAAUGGGAAAAAGUACGCCUGGCAAGGUGUGGCCUUGUUGCCGUUUGUGGACGAACGGCGUCUGCGGGCGGCGCUCGCCGAGGUCUAUCCGGACCUGACGGACGAUGAAGUGAGGAGAAACAGUCUGGGGAGCGAUUUGGUGUUUGUCGGGAAGUCUCACCCCAUGUCGGACUUUGUCCGGGAACUCUACCGUGCGGGAUCUCAAGAGCCUACCGAGGUGCCCGCAGAGCUCUGCCACGGAAUCCAAGGUAUAUUAUCUCUCGAAGACCACCCUAUCCUACCAGAUAAGACCGUCGCCUCGCCCAUCCCCACGUUAAGGGACAUCACGCAGAACUGCGCCAUCGGAGUCAAGUUCAAGGAUCCCCAGUUUGCCGAGGGCUUCGUGUUCAAAGCCGUCCUCCUGCCCGGAGCCAAGCUUCCCACAAAUGUGUUGAAGCCAGAGGACUGGGAUAGACGGGAGAACCAACCGUGGAGACCCCAGUUGGGUUUCAACCCCAAUAGGCAACAGGCUCACUUGGACCAGUCGGGCUUCAGAGCUCUGGGCCACUCCCUCAGAAAGGAACAUAGCGGAGGAGGCCAAUACAGCAACGCCCCACCUCCCGGCAAUUACCACAACCAAGGAAACUUCCGCUCCCCCCGCGGCGGUCAUCAACACAACUUCCAAAAUUCCCGAUCCGCCGGCCCGACGGGAACGCCGUCGUCCUUCCGGCCUCAGCCUCACUUUCCACGACAACAAUUGCAGCAUCAGCAGUCGCCGUAUCGCGGCGGUCACGGCUGGGACCGAGCCCAGCCGUCGCAGCGGGGGGCGUACCAACACAACGCCGGUCGCGGCGGCGGGGGCUACCGGCAGCACUUCGACCAACACCGAAGCGACUGGCGUGGCGAACGCGGCCAGCAGUACCAGAGCCACAACAGAGGCGGUUAUCCGGCGCCACCGCCGUCCAGAAGAUACACCUGGAAGUGA